AUGCCGGACGAUUCCUUUGUGAUUGAUCAUAAGGUAUUGUACAAUGAUUUGGUUGGAUUGAUUUGUGAAAGGGCGGGGUGGAAUAAAGAGUAUGUGAAUUUGAGUCUAUCGAUUUUGUAUGAUAGGAUGGGCAAUGGUUUUAGGCGUAUCGCCAAAAUCAAGGACGACGCAUCAUUGCAAGUGUUAUAUUUCCUCCCAAAUUCGACAUAUAUUGAUUUGUAUGUGGAUUUGGAGGUGGCGGGUACUUCUAGGUCCCAUUUGGAAGUAGGGACAAGUAGUGGUGGGCCGAAUGUGGAGAAUGUCGAUUACAUGGAAGAUGAUAAUGUGGGUGGACCAAUUAUGGAGGAUGGCGAUCACAUGGAAGAUAAUCACGCAGAAGAUGAUGAGGACUACACAUCGAUAAGUGAUCAAAGGGAUGAAAACCAAUUAAUAUCCGAAGGAAGUCGGGAGAGUGAUGAAGAGGUUGAAGACAAAUUCGCCACAAAGGACAGGCACAUAUAUCAUUCACAGGGUACAUUGGAUCUUACAAAAGUGGAUAAGGAUGAAUUUCAACUUACCAUGUGGGACGGGACGACCGCAACAAUCGGGAUAGGGACUUGUUUCAAGAAUAAGGAAGAAGCCAAAAAUGGUAUUGCAGCGUGGAACAUAGAGCAAAAGAGAGAGUUUUAUGUGAAGGAAAUUGAUGGUUCAACAUGGUAUAUUUGGUGCAAAUCCCUAAAACAGUCAACCCCUAAGGGUUAUGUUCCUUGCCGUUGGAAGGUACGUGCCUCCUUGAGAGACCACGGUUUGUGGGAGAUUGUGAAAUGGGUGCCCGAGCACAAUUGUAUGAAUGUCACCGAGGAAAAUAAUAAUCGAAAUGUGAGCACAAUGUUUAUUGUUCAUCUCAUAAGGCAUAAGGUUGAGUUAGACCCGGAUUAUUAA